CCAUGGUGAAGGAGGAGUGCAAAGCGCUGCUGGACGCGCUCAACAGGGUGACCGCCUGCUACCGGCACAUGGUGCUGACCAUCGGCGGCACCUCGGACUCCCAGAACCUGCGGGAGGAGCUCAAGAAAACCCGGCAGAAAGCCCAGGAGCUGGCAGUGGCCAACAGGAACAAGCUGACCACGGUGCUGAAGGACAAAACCGUGAGUAAGGAGGACAAAGCCGAGUUCGAGAGGCUCUGGGUGAUUUUCUCCACGUGCCUAGAGAUCCUGGAGAUCGAUAUGAGGAGAGCCCUGGAGCUGGGCCACGAGUUCCCGCUAAAUGUCCCCAAAAAGCACCUGAUCCAGACUGGCAUGAGUGGGGGAACCUCUGGCGUGGCUGCCAGGGCGAUGAGCGUCCAGAACAUGAAGUACGAGGCUGAGCACAAUAUAGACGUGGUGGAUUUGAAAGAUCUAGAGAACGAAAUCAACCAGGUAGGAGAGAUGAUGUACGAGAUGGAAAUGAAGGUCAAUGUCCCACAGUGGACAGUAGAGGCUAAGCAAGACCCUGGGGCAGAACUCAAAUCCACCAUGAGCGUGGGUGCUUCUUCUAUUGGCAUGAUCUCUGUGGAGGAGAAUAAAUCCUUCUGCGAUAUCAGCAAAGUCUUAGCUGGGAUUAUUUUCUCUGCUGUGCUCAUUAUUGCUAUUGUCCUGGCAGUGUGUGUGGUAAAACUCUCCUAGGCCAGUGUGGGCUCUGACAAGAGCCGUCCUUCUCAAGUCUGUCUCGAGUGUUUCAUGCCUCACAAUUAAUUUUGAAACAGGUCACUUGGAUGAGCUGAGAAUUCAAACCUAGCACUUGAAAACAAAACAAAACAAAACUUUUGCCUCUCAAAAUCCUAAAUGCACAGUUUGUUUCUUCUUGUUCUUUAAAGAAAAAAGAUGCAAAUCAGACCGCAAAACAGAAUGCGUUCGCUUGCUGGACUUGUAAUGGUUAACUACAAAGUAUCAGGGUAUUAUCACUACUGGCUAUAACAGGGAUUUGUCUGCUAUUAAUAGAUCACUCUUCUCAGAAGCCUGUAUUUUUUGUUCUUAAAUAAGCUCUGAUGUUUGCUGCUAGUCAUUGUUUACAGUAUUUGAGUAGCACGAAUUUCGAGGCUAACACAGGUGUUUUGCCCGACAAAGUGAAUGCAAUGUUUGGAAAUUUUUUCAUCAAAUACACAAGAUACUGCAGAGGCAGGGAAGGAUGAAAACCCCAAUAAACGAAUGUAAGUGAAUGGUUGGGGCCGAGGGAGGUGUGGAGGAGGAUGGAGAAAACAGAACAAGCAAUGUUUGAUACCAAAUAUUGUUUGCAGAUUUAGACUGGAUUGUACAGAACCCAGUUGCAUGGGUUGGCACAGCAUACGCUAAUGACUAAUGGCUUUCCAGAUCCAGAGAGAAAAAGGGGGGAGUUGUUUAUUCAGAAAAAGACUAACAAGCCUCAUGUUUCUCUUGCACAUUUACCACGACUUUUAUCUUCCCCUGCAGAAAGGCUAAUGCUUACCACUGAUUCAAAUUAUUCUUUCUGUAGAAGCAAACAGUUUGAACUUCACAAUUAACUAUGAAACUAGAAGCAAUGAAUCUACCCAUAGCAGAAGCAGACCUUCCAAAACAUCCGAAAACAUCUCUCUCGUGUUGACAGGCAGGGUUUUACAUAUGUACAGUCACAUUUCUGCAAGCAGCCGAAUUAUUUGCAGAAAACCAGAAAAAAAUAAACAAAUAUACCUUAGUUUUGUCCGAUUAAUCAUUUGGGGAAGAGGAAGCCUGUAGGACUGGACUCAUAACUGGUCCAAUUAAUCUGACACACUGCAGUUUUGGGAGGUAAAUGCAAGAAUGGCAUAAAACUUUGACAAUUUUUUGGGGAAGCAUUAGAAAUGAUUAAAUGUAGAAGUGUGGGAACUGACACUAACUUUGCAGAUAUGCUUUAUGAUGUCUUGUUUAAGGACCUAUGCAUUAUGUUUUCUGUUACGUAAUUUAUGAAAAUUUGUUCUGUUUAAGUGAACACACACUACCCAUUCAAGAAUGGGUAUGUAUAUUCCAUACAUAUUUUAUAGUGCCAUAGACAUACGAGUCACUUUACAGACAAAUAUGAAGACCAUGUAAUACAGUUUUUUUUAAUAAAUAGUUAUUCCAUGGCAUUGAUUAUUAUGGACACAUUAUUAAAAAGACAGAUGUAACAGUCAGAUGUAUCUGGUGAAGUUACUGGUUCAUGCUUGUUAAACAAAAUUAUGUUGACAGCAUUCCUGAAGAGCUAAAUUUUUUGAGUUGAGAACUAAGCAUAAUUUGAAAAACUGUAGGAAACCCCUUUUUUAAGAGAACUGAAUUUGAGGGAGAAAGGUGUAUGUCAGAUUUGAAUCGGGUCACUUGUAGUGGGAAAAAAUAACGCAAAGCAGAGGCCGGAAUGUAAGUUUAUAGAAUACUAUUAGUAGGAAGGAUAACGUGAGUUCUGCACAUCGGUCCAGUCCAGGCUCCAUUCUUAGGAGGAUUCAGAGUGUAGUAAGACUCCACACUCGUUUCUCUUCAAUUACAAUCAUUCCAUAGGAUGUGUUUAGUAUGUAGUGAAAUCUAGAUUCCUAGAGGUCCCAAACAGCACUCUAACAUAAAGUCAAGUCUGUAUUUAUUGGUGCUACUGUUUCAGUCUGUCCAAGCAUAGACAUGGUGAAAUUGCUAUGUACUGAUUUUUAAGUGUGAAGAUCUCCUUCAUAAUCAUAUUGAGUAAAAAUAUUUAUGGAAAAUACAGCAAAAGCUGUGGGAAAAGGUACAGAUUUGGAUUGCCACCACCAGUCAGUACAAGGAUUUGUGGGUAUUUUCACUGCUUGCACUCUCCUGUUACUUAGUUCUCAUGAAGGUAGGUAAGAAGUUGAACUCCAUUCUGUGCUUCUUCAACAAUCCAUAUUCCUUCAGAGACUGGACAAUUUAGCCAAACGUUCUGAAAGUGCAAGUAAUGAAAGUCUGGGUUUCAGUGGAUAAGUAAAAGGUAACACUUACAGCACUCAUCAUUUUGUAUCUUGAGAUCCUCAAGUGCAUAUUCUGUUUAUCCAGGGUUAGCUGUAUAGAAGAAUUUUUAAGAACAGGUAAUCUCAUCUUCAAAAGUAAGCUUCAGUGAGUUGAUGAGUUGUAAAUUUUCAGUCUAUGCAUUGUUUGGAUUUUGAAUAAUAUAAAACCCCAGGACUUCGUGUAAGUAGCCUAUAAUUAUGUAAGUCUCACUUCAUUCUGAGUAUUAUCUUAUAUCUAGGUUAUGUGAAAUUAAAAGAUUAAGUAAAAUUCUAACAGAGGAUUGGCACCAUCUAAAUGGAUAAUGUUCCUGCCAGUAAUCUCCUAAAAAACCACUUGAUACAAGUGUACACUCAAUGUGACAGAGCUCAGGCACACAGUAUACAAAUUCAAAAUAACAUGAAAUCACCAUUGCCCAGAAGCACUUUCCCCUGAAUUGAUUUUAUUUUAUUGUACUACAGUGACAACUUCCUUCUAAAGUACAGGGGGUUUUUUCUGAAAUAAAUAAUUGCUAACUACAAUUAAUGGCUGCAUGGCAAGGCAUUCUUUCCACCAAAUCGUGUUUGUCUGUGCUUGAAGUGGGAGCAGAAACUGUCCUUAACUCUUCUUCAGUUAUUAUUGUUACACAGCUUUGAAUCAUCUCAGAAUAUUCUACUGUAAAGAAUACCAAGAGAAUGAUGCAUCCUCCAAAUUGAAAAGGAUUAAAUGUCUUUACCAAUUUAAGCAUGAAAACAUUUGAAGUAGCAGUGAAACCUUAUUAUAUGUAGAAUACACUGAUGCUUCUUUUAAAUUAAGAAAUAAAUAAAUAUGCCAAGAUUUUUUCCUCAUUGGAAUGCAACCAGAAAGAGAUUGGAAGUACUGUUUUUGUAAGUGAAAAAUGUAAAGUCAAACAUCAAAAUACUUUGUAUUUAAAUAGUAUGAUAAAAAUACAAAUACUCUGACGCUGAUCAGUGAGUGAGAAUGUUACUGUGUUUUCAGUACAACAGAAGAUUCUCAUUGCUUAAUUUCAAUCUUGUUCUGUUUCAAUUAUUUUGUCUUUAUUCAUAAGAUACAUACAUUUUAGUUUUAAGUUUGUUAUAUUCUAAAAUCUUAUCACUGACUUAAAUUACAUUGUCUUUUGUGUGCACAAGGGUGGCAUUUUCUACACUUAGAAUAAAACUUGUUACUGUCACUGUUUAUUUACCUUAAAAUAAAGUAUGUUAGUAUGUUCAUGUAACUUAUUGGAUGGAUUGCAGCAGUAAUUAAAACCACACAAAAACUGUAAUAUUAAUACAGCUUGUCAAUGAGUUCCUUUAAACAAGAAGUCCCUCUUUCAAAAAAAGUCAUUGAACUGAUAUGCUAAGCCCCCAAAUUAAAAUUUUCUUUAAAUAAACGUGCCCCCCUCAAACUACCUAACUUGAUUAUGUUAAUUUAUACUGCAAGCAAAUCAGUAAUCUUGACAAAUCAAAAAAUCUUUGCCUUAGGAAACAGCUACCAAUAGGAUGCAGGUAUGAUGUUGCCUUCAGCACUGCUUGUUCAGUAUUGUUGCCUCGGUGAAAGUGGGCCUCUGGUUUGGGGAAACUGAAAGCUAGAGCAGACUAACAUAUUGUAUUCUUACUGUGUCCAAACUCUGCACUCGAAAUUUCAUCCAGCAAAGCUUGCAUUCACUGCAACUAAAGAUGUACACAACGUAAGGACUGUGAAAUUUGGUCCUGUGGUAUUGAUAGCAACAACUGUCAGUAGUUUUAUCAGACUAUCAAAACUGUGUCUAUUAAAUGCAACAAUCUAUAAUUUUAUUCUGGGACUCCUAGUCUAUAAGCAUAAAUUUGCAGACUGAUUUUUAAUUUCCUCACAAAAUGAAUGCAGAACUAUAACUAAAAUGACUCUCCUCGUGUUGUAAAUUGAAUGUAACAUGAAACUCAUAGCAUUAUGAAUAUGAAAUAAAAUUAAAGUUUCAAAAUUC